AGCAUAAUGUGGUCAAUGAUAAUUGCAGUUUGUUUAAUGCCGCCCGUUCUCGCAAUAUACACAGAGAACAAGACAAUCUUUCGCGAUGAUUUAGUAAUAUUUACAUCAAAUCACAAUAUCACCAAACUACUCGUACCGGCUGAUGGUGUUUCCUUUGUACGUAAUGAUAAUUCAGACCUCCCAGCGAUAUUUUUUACGAUCAAGGAUAAAAAUUUAGAUGGGGAGCAUUGUAUAUAUGUACUUGAAGGUCUAGCUGCAUAUGAAAUACUAGAAGGCGGAAGAGAUUCUACGGCUGACUAUGGGCCUGAUAAAACAGUAUAUUUCGGAGCCAAAGAUGGAGUUUACAAAUAUGAUCCAGACAGUUUGUCUGCUAAAAAAUUUGGGUUGUUUCGUGAUGAUAUUAUUCAAAUCCAAAAAGCAAACGGUGAAGAUGUAAUUUACUACCUAACUGUUAACUAUAAGCUUUUUAAACUCGAAAAUAAUGGAGUUUUGAGAACGAGAAUCGAGGUUGUUACUUGCGCACUGGAGUUUGUUUUGGAUACAUCAAAUAAUAUUUACUAUCUUGCGUGUGAAGAUGGUUUGCCAAGAAUAGUUAGCAACCAAGGCUUAUUAUUAUCCUUUACACCUACUCUAUAUGACGACUUCAAGGAUGUAAAAUUACUGCGACCCGCUUUCAUAAUGGAGAGAAGCGUACUGUUUUUUGCAGAUGGAUUUUUCUAUAUGUUAUAUGUGAAUGGAACAACAGCAAAAAGAGAUUUUUUUAUAGACGAAAAACCUACAGCAUUUAGUAUCGAUGCUGCUUUGUAUCUAGUGGCAGCAGUUGAAGGAAAAAUCUUUGAGUUCAACGUUAUGGAAGUAUUAUUAAAAUCAAUAUUUCAUGUAUCAAACGCUUGGCCAAAUGAUCUAACGAAAAUAAUGAUGCCUAUAAUAGAGAAUUCAAAGGAAAAUAAAAUAUUUAACUUUAUGGGAAUUUCAUAA